AGUUUGAAAAAUCAAAACAAUAAUAAAAUUAACAAAAAAGCAUACAAAACAAAGCAAAAACUAAAAAUUUUUCUUAAUAAAGAAAAAAUACCAAUCUUUUUAUCAAUCAAUUCAUCCUAUCUACCUUAAGAUAAUAAUAGAAAUUCUCUUGAUAUAUAUAUCUAUAUUAAAGAUUAAAGAGUAUUAAAACAUUUGUCAAAUUACAUGUAAGUCAGUAAGCAAAAAUCCACUCUAGAUAACUCAUUUACUUCAUAGGUCUCCUAGCAAUCUUCGUAAUAAACUCAAAGGAGGCCACCUCUUACUUCUUUGAAAUUCAAUGAAAUAAACACUACGCCUUAAAAAGAAUUAAUAAAUUUAGAUAAAAAUGAAAAGAAAAGUGACUUGAAAUAACAAAAAAAUUAAUAGUAAAACUCUAAUCCUUAAACAUUUAGCAGCAACAAGAAGCCUUAAAAAAAAUAAAUAAUUGAAACGGAUUUGGUCAUACAAGAAUUUGAGAAGCUUAAGCUCAAGACUUUAUAAAAAAUUUAAAAGAAUUAAAUCACUCAAGUAGGAACAGAUCCUAGGGCUUUGAGAGAUCAAAUUUAUGAAUAAAUAUUCCUAUUAGUAUCAGAAAAUUUAAAGUAAAGUAAGAUUAUAGACUCAAAAAAAUUAGGUUACGAUUGUAGCUGCCAAAAAGAUUAAAAUAAUAGUAUCAAUGAUAUAUCUCUUUCUAUUAGUAACUUUUCAUCUGUAGCUAAUGUUCCUGAUCAUUUGUAGAUAAGUUAAAUUUUUGAAGACUCAAAUAAAGAAUAACAAUAUUAAUAAGAGAUUAGCAAGCUUUAAGAAGAAAAUAGCUUACUGUUUAGACAAAAGGAAUUAGAAUUUAUUCUUUCUUAGAAUAUGAUUUAGUAAAUGAAAAAGUAAGCUGUUACAUCUAGCCUCGACUAUCAAUUAUAACUUCAACAGCAAGAUAUUUUGAUGAAAAAAAUUACCUAAUAAAUAUCACAAAGCAACAGCCAAUCAUAUUCUCAGUAUAUUGAUGAUAUUUUUGAUAAGAAUGUUCCAGUAAACACCAAUAACUAUUUUUAGUAAAAAAAAUAAUCUAACAAUGAUAAUUUAGAAUGCUAAAAAGAAGAAAAAUCUAUUUCUUAAUAGAAUAAAAAUGUUUCUUCACAACUAUAGCAAUAAAACUAAAAAGCAAGUAGAUCUUCUUCAUAAAAUGGCAGUCCAAAUUCAAACAUUUAAGUAAAGUAAUAAAUUGAUGGCAAUCAUUUGGAACAAAUUAUCGAAUAGCAUGAAAUAGAAAUAAAUAAAUUUGUGUAAGAAAUAAGAGAGGGCUUGAGUGAAUUGCUAAAUAUUAAUUUCACUAGGAAUGCUGAGUUUGAUUUUAAAUGUAGUAUCCAAGAGCUGCUAAAUAAGUAAGAUUAUUAAGAAAAGCUGCAAUAACAGCAAUAAAUCGCUUGGAGACAGCUAAAAAGUGUAUUCUAAAAAUAAUAAAUUGAUACUACAUUUUCAACUUGGGACACAAGAAAAUCGUGUGAUUCGAGUCAGAUUGAGGGAAGUAUGUGUAGAGAUAAGAUCUAGACUUAACAGAAAUUGUAUGAAAAUUAAAACUAUUUAUAGUCAUAAGACCAGUAGUAGAAAAGUUUGGAAAGUGAAGUUUAAAUUAGAUUAAAUGAUAUAUAUCAUAAAGAAAAUGCUUUGAAAAGAAGAUUAGCUCUAUUGAAAAAGAAAGAGCUUUGUCUAAGCUAAAACCAAAAAAAACUAUAAACAAGGCUAUCACAAUUUUAAUAAGAGAGUAAAUUACUAGAAGAGAAAUAAAAGAUUCAAAUGAAUAAUGAAUAAUAAUUAAAUCAACUGUGGUAAGAUUUCUUUAAAGAAGCAGAAAGAAUAUUUUAACAAAUAUACUAACCAUCUAACGAGAACAAUACAACACAAUAAGCAAUUAUAAGUAUAUAAAAAGUCUAAAAUAUGGUCUAAGGAUACAUCAGCAAAACGAAUAAAGACAAGCAAAUAUUAGAAAAGGAAAGAGAUAUGGUAAAAUAAAUAAGAAGAGAUUUAGAAGCGAAAGAAAAAGAGCUUUAAUUAGAGAAACUGGAAUUUGAUUUGCUAUCCUAAAAGGGUAAUCAAUAUAAUGAUAUUUAAAGUAAGUAUUCUUCUAUAUAAUAAUGA